AUGCGUUCAGAACAUGGACUUGAGAUAUCCUAUUCUUUGGCAUGGGAUGCACGUGAGUAUGCAAUCAACAAAGUGAAAGGCCUUCCAGAGGAAGGCUAUGAAAAAAUUCUCAAAUACUUGCACAUGAUGAGGGAAGCUAAUCCAGGGUCACACACGUCUUAUGAAAGGGAUUCUGAAGGGCGAUUCAGAUUCCUCUUCAUCUCCUUUGGUCAGAGUCUUCGCGGUUUCUAUGUUGCAAUUCGGAAAGUUAUUGUUGUGGAUGGGACGUUCUUGAAGAGCAAAUACAAAAGGAGAAUGACCUUUGCGUGGAACUGGUUUAUGAGACAACUUAAUGCGGUCAUUGCUGACGAGCAUAGUUUAGCUUUUGUGUCUGAUAGGAAUUCCUCGAUUGCUAAAGCUAUUGCUAACGUGUACCCGCAAGCUCAUCACGGAAUUUGCAUUCACCACUUGCUGAAUAAUGUCGUAACAUAUUUUAGUGGGAAAGGUGUGGCUGGUUUGGUUGCAAAGGCUUCUAAAGCUUAUCGAGCUGCUGAUUUUCGUAAGCUGUUCACUGCUAUUUACUCUAUUAGUCCUGAAAUUGGAAAUUAUCUAAUAGAAGCCGAUGUGAGAAAGUGGGCUCGUUGUCAAUUCCCGGGUUACAGGUAUGAUAUCAACACUACUAACCAUGCGGAGUCGAUAAAUUCUGCUUUGCGUACGCCUAGAGAGUUUCCAGUAAUACCUCUAAUGGACAGCAUUAGGGAAAUGAUGACUCGAUGGUUUUUCCAACGUAGAACUUUAAGUUCUAAGCACUCGAAGCCACUGACCAUUGCUGUGGAGAAGAAGAUAGACAGAAGGAUUGAGAAGGGUAAAAAGUUUAAGGUCUUCCCGAUUAGCGAUGACAGGUUUUUGGUUCAAUGUGACACUUUUGACUGCAUGGUUGACUUGGUCAGACGCACGUGUUCUUGUGGGAAGUUUGAUCUGAUGAAAAUCCCAUGCAGGCAUGCCAUAAAAGCAGGCUUCAGUGUUGGAAUACAAGCACACACACUCACAGACGACAUAUACACUACUGCGUCAUGGCGCACGGCUUAUGAAAAAGCAUAA